AUGUCUUUCACCGAUUAUGACCGGAAAGCGUUCUCGAUGAUGGCAGACAUCCUCGUUUCGUCCCCCGACCUGAUUGCGCUCCACAAGCAGUUCGAUGCUGUAUAUUUCCGUCGUGUUCUCGCAGAACGGCUCGAGUCUCUCUUCCAGGAUCUGGAAGUCGAAGCUCCAGUGCCAGUCAGGUUCCAAAUCAAAUCGUUCUUCGGAAAUUUGAAGCGGCGUCGUCAGGUGCUCUCGGACGUCUGUGAUAAUCUGGAUAUAUUCCACCACGCUAUGCUUCCGGCGAAGUUGUCUGGCACUGCAGAGCUGGACUCAAGCAAAAGCUUGAUUCAUGCAACGGACCCUCGAUCGCAGCGUGGAUUGAACACCCGCAAGCAUCGGGAUUUAAGGCGAGCCAAAUCACCAAGUCCAGCGGCUAGCGAAGGCGGUAGCAAAAGGCUCAGACCUCCUGAUGUCUCUUGGCAAGGCCGAAUUUCUACCAAGAAUGCUACUAAGGAUGCAUGCGUCGAGUGUCGACGACGCAAGAUACGUUGUGAUGGCGAUCAGCCUUGCGCUCAGUGUGUUUGGUGCCAGCAUCCGGAGCUAUGUGUGUACCCGAAGUUGGCAUCGAAGGCCCGUCCAUCGCACAAGAACGAGCAGACCGUAAAAGAGUUUACCGAGCAGACUUAUGCCGGCGUGGAGCAAGCCAAACGUUUCAUCCUGGGUAGCUCGUCACUUGCCUCGCACGAGACAGCGAUCAGGAAAGAGACGACCAAUCGGAACCACGCUCUAGAUGAUGCGCUCCUCACGAUGGAUCUGGGCCACAUCUCCGAACUUCUUGAGAGCGAGUUCGAUCUCGUCGCUGUGGGAUCAUGGUCCUGGCUGCAUGAGCUACGAGACGAAGGAAUCGAAGUUGCAGAAAUUGCAGAACUGCUCUAUGAGCAAGAGAAGGAUCGUCCAUGGAUAUAUUUUGAUCGUCCCCAAGGCCACGGAAAGAGACCGCAGAUGCACUCUCACAUUGAAGGAUGUGUUCACAAUGGUGUCUCUCCGAUGACAGGACAAGAACAUCCCAGCUUGUAUGACUUCCUUCUAAAGCCCAAGAAUAUCACCUCAUCCGAGUCCAGAGCAUCUCGACCAGACACACACGGGACUAUUGCCACUCUGUGCGGCUUGGCGGGCAUAGUGCCGCCUCCAAAGAGGCGAUUCAGUUGGGAUGGAGACAUCCGGUUUCAGUGCGACAGCAUAGCUUUGGUAUCCUAUCUCUCGGAUAGUGCAUCACUGCAGACAAUAUGGACUCGCACUCAAUAUGCACUCAAAGGCAUCUCGGCAGCCUUUGCAGAGCUGCAGCAAGCUGGUCUUUGCUGUGAUUCUUUUACGCUCAUUCGGCAGACCCCGAAAAGUCAAAUCCUCGUCGACGGUCGUCGGCUUUUCGUUGAGCUCUACUCUAUCCAAUCGAGAACAAUUCUCGAAUUCUUGGAUCUUGUUGAGACCACGCCGGACCUCUCAGACGAUUUCGCAGUACGCUGCUGCGCACACCAUGCUUCAACUAUCCUGCCGGAUACAUUGUCGGGCCUUCGCCUAUCUAAAGGCAAAUCGAUAUCUACGGCAUCCGUUGAGCGGUGCGUGCACCUCUGUGCAUUAGCUGUACAAGUCUUGUGUCUCGGUCUUGUCUCCUACUGCCAGGCUCAUACGGGAGCUGUGGAACUGUUCUUCCUACAACACAAGCUCACCGAAAUACAGCCUUUUGGUUCGCGACCUAUCGCCAGCACUGGUCCGAGACUUCGUGCUCGGCUCCAAGAUCUAACAUGCUUUGGCUCAAUGCUGCGUGGCCCCGUGCUCGUGUUUGGCUUUGCUCGCGAGCUCACUCUGGAUGACGACUUGCUUACCAAGUAUGACCUCCUCGCUUCGCCACAAGAUAUCAUCGACACGUGGGGACCUGGUAACUUCGUAGUAGGAGCGAAUGAGUCCGGUGAGCAGGGAAUUGUGAGUAUUAUGAUCGGAGGUGGAUGUAUCGCCCCUGGAGUCGAGCAGCAAGGAACUUAUCACUGGAGUCGGGAUUUGAGGAAAGCAUUCAACCAGGAGGACGAUCCUUUCACCACUACUCAGCAAUUGUCCGAACGUGGCAAGGCAGAGGACAAUGUGGAUCGCCAUUUGGUGACGAGUCAUUUUCUACACUACCUACAGCUGGAACGCAGUGAUCCGAAGAAAUUGGAAGUCUUACAGCUCAUUGCUGCGUUGCUCGGGUGGGAUGAUGCACAGCGCGAACAAGCCGGAUUGGUACGGCAAGUACGGCGGGUCUCCGAAACAGAUCUGGCGUGGAACAGACUUCCAAGAAUAUGGAUGAAGAAGAUUGUCUGA